GACUUUUGCAGCAUGCCAAUUGAUCGACUUACGAGAAAAAGUUUAACAAAUCAAACUGAAAUUUCAGAGGAAAACAAGUUCCUGGCAAAUAUUGGACUUCUGGCAAAUACAACAAUGUCGGAGAUUCGUCAACGUCAAGUGAAAAACCCCAAAAAACUGGUUACCGGCUUUGAAGACGACGAGUUAUUUGUGAAACGUCCCGACUUCACUAAGAUAAACCAGGUUAAGGAAGAGCCUGUAAGUCAGAGGAAGACUGGACCGGACGUUUCUGCCCCUGAGUGUUCUUCGGGUGAAGAGUACGAGGAAGAAAACCAGAGGGAUGACCUUUUGAAAAAUAAAUUUUUACCCGCCAAGAGGUUAUAUAACUUCUUGAAGCAACUCAGCUCGCACCGUUGGAUCUGGUGCGAGUUUGUGGACUCGGUUAUGGACAAAUCGACCUUGGGCUGUACCUACGACAUGAAGCACUAUUUAACCGAGUGCUUCCCAGACCUGGCAACCUGCUGCAUGCCACGUCGAGGAUGGCAGUUAAUACGACGGUGCAUGGGAAAGGCCCGUCGAUACUCCCCUGCCUUCAUCGAACAGGAACGUGGAUUAAUCCAGCGCUAUCGUCGGAUGGUCAGGAAGUUGCAGCAGAAUCGCUACGAUUCAAAAGAGGACGAUCCCUUUGCGAAUCACUUACCGAAACGUAUUCCAUUACCACUUACCGUGGAUGCCAAGGUCACCAGUUUUCUGGUGGGACCAGACCACAAGGGCAUCAUCGACGGUUGUGUCUUGGACUACAAUCCAGAGGACUUUACCUAUCUGGUUCGCUUCGUUAAGAAUGGCAAGAUAGUUGUACUAAGUCUUCUGGACUUAGAGAUCCAUUCGCAGCAGGAAUCCAAGACACUGUCGACAUCUAUGCUGAUGGAAGCAAACCAAAAGCCCAAGAGCACUGAAACCAAAGCUGCCAAGACCGAGAGGGUCGGCGAUAUGCAGUAUACCAAGGAGCUCCUGGAGUCCAUACUGCAGGUUAAGAAACAUUUGGAUAUUAAACGGAAAACCGUGAUGGAAAUAGCCCAAAUGACCGCAGACUUUGAGGAGGGCAAGGAGUCAACUGUGUCGAGCAGUCGUCGCGAUGCCAGGAUGACAUCUGAACGGGAAAAACUGCAGCGCCGCUAUGCAGCACAUAUGAUAACCCUGCAUCGGGUUAACACCGAUGUAAUAGAACCCAUGCACAUCCUCUAUGAGUACCUGGCCGAGUAUCAAAAGCAGGAGGAUGAGCUGGAGGCCAAAGGAGGUCCUCCCACUAGCGGUGUCUUUUUUCAAUGUCGCCAGCAGGCGGAACUUGAUGUCAAGUCGGCUGGUAUUGAGAAAUCCCUGAAGGUACAAUCGGAUGAUACAAGGGAGUUUAUAUCCAACCUCCAAACUUUGCUCUAUCUCAACGGGAGGUUGGGUUGCGUAAGCAACAACGACCUCGACCUAAUUAUCACCGACCUUAUAGCCAAAAUGGUUGCCAACAUUCAUCCAUCGCUGGCUUCCCAACUCAAGGCGGCUUUGGAGUCUUUGGAACCGCUGCGCAAGCAAGUGGCGGCCAUGUUCCAGGCUAACCAAUUUAGAGCGAUCAAGGUCACCCAACAGCUUGAAACGGCGGAUGGUGUGCCCAACUUUGUGGUCGAGGCCCAACCAGAUACUCCAUUCUAAACAAAUGUACCCCAUAGAAACCCCUUAGA